UCCCUUCAUUCCCUCCCUCCUCUUCUUCUCCCAUAGAGACAGAGAGAGAGAGAGUUGCCGGAUGGCAAUAAUGGAACUGGAUCUGGACCGCCUCAGGGCCGUCCGAGUCAUAGGCCGGGGAGCCAUGGGGACUGUGUUCCUAGUCACCUCCCGUUGCAGUGGCGCCACCACCACCGAUCCCCAGCCUUGCCUUCCCCCUCUUUUUGCCCUCAAGGUGGUGGAGAAGCACUCCCCUUCCGCCAAGCCGGACUCUGACCGCCGCGCCCGCUGGGAGCUCAACCUCCUCUCCCGCCUCUCCUCGGCGGGCGGCGACGGACAACGCAGCCAGAGCCACCCGUUCCUACCCUCGCUUCUGGGCUCGGUGGAGACGCCGGAACUGCUGGCGUGGGCAGUACCCUUCUGCUCUGGUGGCGACCUGCACGCCCUCCGCCACUCCCUCUCCCCCGACGCUGCCUUCUCACCCACCGCCAUCCGCUUCUACCUCUCCGAGCUCGUCGCCGCGCUUGCGCACCUCCACUCCCUCCGCAUCGCCUAUCGCGACCUCAAGCCCGAGAACGUCCUCCUCCAGUCUUCCGGCCACAUCACCCUCACAGACUUCGACCUCUCCCGCCAUCUUUCCACUUCCGCUUCCCCCUCCGCCUCGUCCACAGCUCCCCCUCACCCGCUGCCGCCUGAAAACCGGCCACGCCGUCGCCACCGACGACAACUCACCCGCAUCUUCGCCUUCGGCGCUGCCAGCGCCUACGCCGAGGCCGACCAUCACCGCCACCACCUCAAAAAGGCUCGGUCCGCCAGGGUCUCCCCCGUGAGCCGUCGCAGAAUCAGCUUCUCCACGUCCGGCACCGCCGGCGGAGGAGAGCGGUCGUUCUCGUUCGUGGGGACAGAGGAAUACGUAUCGCCGGAGGUGGUGCGCGGUGAGGGCCACGGCUUCGCCGUCGACUGGUGGGCGCUCGGGGUCCUCGCCUACGAGAUGGCCUACGGCCGGACGCCCUUCAAGGGGCGUAACCGCAAAGAGACAUUCCGCAACGUGCUCACCCGGCCGCCGGAGUUCCCCGGGGGCCGCCGCUGCGACCUCACCGACCUCAUCGAGCGCCUCCUCGCGAAGGACCCCGCCCGCCGGCUGGGGUCCGCCGCCGGGGCCGACGAGGUGCGAGCUCACCCCUUCUUCCGCGGGGUCCGGUGGGAAAUCCUCGCCAAGGUCACGCGGCCGCCCUUCCUUCCGCCGCCGGAGGAGGACCUCGAGGCGGCAGUGAUCGGGCUCGGCGAAGAUGGGGGCUUCGACGUCAGGGACUACUUUAACGGCCUCCGACAGCCGGCAUCGCAGCCGUCGCCGUCGAUGGGCUCGUUGACGGAGUUCUAACGGCAGACGCUCUCCAGUUUUCCUCUCCGUCUCCGUCUAUUCUCUAGAUCUGUACAUAACGGAAUCCCGUUAGUUGGGGAGCGGGGGGGGCCUUUUAGAAUUGAGUAACGUAUGGGGUCAAAAUGUAAAACUCCGUGAACGUCCCCACGUGCGUCGAAUCCAUCCGUGCCAGAGUUGGAUGCUGUUGCACGUGCUGGUUGUCCCGUUCUCAAGCAGCCAACGCAACGCACGUUUGAGGGUCGUCACAUCUGAAGCUGAUCCAUUGUAUUCUCUUUUGUCAUAUCAAACUGCACAUCAAACUCCUAAUCUUCGGAAAAAAAA